AUGAGUACUUCAUUAACUGAAAACACUGCUAUACUAUCGAAAUAUCUUGAUUUACCUCAAAAUGGAAAAGUUCUUGCUGAAUACGUUUGGAUUGAUGCUGAAGGUAGAACUAGAUCCAAAUGUAAAACUUUGAACAAGAAACCAUCUAGCGUUGAUGAUUUACCAGAGUGGAACUAUGAUGGUUCAUCAACUGGUCAAGCUCCAGGUCAUGAUUCAGAUAUAUAUUUGCGUCCUGUUGCUUAUUACCCAGAUCCAUUUAGAAAAGGUGACAACAUUAUUGUUUUAAAUGAAUGUUACAACAAUGAUGGUACUCCAAACAAGUUUAACCAUAGACACGAAUGUGCCAAAUUAAUGAAGGCACAUGCUGAUGAAGAAGUUUGGUUUGGUUUGGAACAAGAGUAUACCUUGUUUGACCAAUUUGAUUAUCCUUAUGGAUGGCCAAAGGGUGGUUUCCCAGCUCCACAAGGUCCUUACUAUUGUGGUGUUGGUACUGGUAAGGUUGUUGCUAGAGAUGUUAUUGAAGCUCACUACAGAGCUUGUUUAUACGCUGGUAUUAACAUUUCUGGUAUCAAUGCUGAAGUUAUGCCAUCACAAUGGGAAUUCCAAGUUGGACCAUGUGAAGGCAUUGAAAUGGGUGAUCAAUUGUGGAUUGCUAGGUAUUUAUUGGAAAGAACUGCUGAAGAAUUCGCCGUUAAAGUUUCAUUCCACCCUAAGCCAUUGAAGGGUGAUUGGAAUGGUGCUGGUUGUCACACCAAUGUUUCCACCAAGGAUAUGAGAAAAGCUGGUGGUAUGAAGGUUAUUGAAGUUGCUUUAAGUAAAUUGGCCAAGAGACAUAAGGAACAUAUGUUGUUGUACGGUGCUGAUAAUGAGCAAAGAUUAACUGGUCGUCAUGAGACUGCUUCUAGUGAUUCUUUCUCAUCUGGUGUUGCCAACAGAGGUGCUUCAGUUAGAAUCCCAAGAUCGGUUGCCAAGGAAGGUUUCGGUUACUUUGAAGAUAGAAGACCAGCUUCCAACAUUGAUCCAUACUUGGUUACAGGUAUCAUGGUUGAAACCAUUUGCGGUUCAAUUCCAGAUGCUGAUAUGGCUAAAGAAUUUCUUAGAGAAAUUGAAUAA